CCAUUUUUGUCUGUUCCCUUAUCCGGCACGGCUCAUGGACUUGCUCCCCGCCGGUCGACCAAUCCAAUCCAAUCGCAUCCACAUGUUGCAUUCCGGGUUGGUAAACGACUUCAUUCGCAGAUGGAUGUCGAAUCAAAAGCUUACCUAUUUGAUGAAAUACCGACGAGCAGGUUCGUGGGUCAAGAAAGUGUCGCGUCCUUCGCACUGGAAUCAUGGUCCAUGGGUUCUAAUCUCCACCACGACCGAGGUCUCAGAUCAAGGCUUAACUAAAUCGCCAUUACUUGCUUCACAUGGAGGACCUUCCUUGUACCUCCGCACGAAACUACACCUAAUGUGGCGGAAGAACCCUUUCCAAGCCCGAAGCCAGUCCUGUCACAACCCAUGUCAACAUUGCCUUGGCCUAGCUCACGUGGGUUCGUGAUUACGUAGCUCCAGGUUGAAGCUUUGGUUCUCGCGACAUCAAUUUGCAUCUUUCCUAAACCACAACGCACCUAUUCCAGAAGAACACAAUGCCUUCUUCAUCCUCAGACGAAGAUGAUGCAAUCUUUCAAUCACACUACCGAGGCGAUUCGUCGUCAAGCUCAUCGCCCUCACCACCAGCUCUCCAACACAACUUCUUCGCGCCACCGUUUUACGGUCGCCCACCAACACCUCUCCCACCCUCUCCUUCCCUCACCUCCCUCCUUCGACCAUCUCGCCCCACCACUCCCGAUACCUCUGCCGAUGAAUUAGAACCUGUACCCCGUGCCUCACCGAAGGUUCCAACAUAUGAAUAUUAUGGCUUCGUGCUGUACCUGUUCUCAUCCCUGACCUUCCUCAUGUACCUCCUCUGGUCCUACCUGCCCUCGCCUUUCCUCCGUGCGCUAGGCAUAACGUAUUAUCCGGAUCGGUGGUGGUCGUUGGCCAUACCGUCGUUCCUGGUCAUGCUGAUUGUCUACAUUUACGUGGCGCUGGCAAGCUACAAUACAGGAUAUCUUACUCUACCUCUUAGUAGCAUUGAGACGAUCAUCGAUGAUGCAGCGAAUGUGGCGACAAUUGAUGGAAAAGGGAGACAAGCAGCGAGUAAUAUUGUGAAGGAGAAAGACAGGGGACGGGAUAGGAGAGAGCGACCUGAGAAAGAGAGGACAAUCAAGGAUUGGAGGGCACUGUGGAGUCAGGGUACAGAUGCUGUGAUGGAUGUUCCAUUGGGAGGAGUAUGUGAAGUCCUCUAUGGUGAACUCAGGGAGGAUGUAGACGAUGAUGAGACUUUAUGAUAUGGGCAGGGUGAUUAAGAGACGAUGCCACUACUUCGCAGCGGACUCGAGAUCAUCUCCAUGACUCUCAAUACUUUCGUCAUGUCCGUCCAUGUGUCAUGAUGCCAAGGCAAAACACAAGCCCCAUGAUGGUUUCCUCAUUUGCCUUAUUUACCAUGCGUCGGGCCGACCACAUCUUCUUCUGGUCUGUUUCCAUGGUCACGACGAAAAGAUUGGCCACAGCAGCAAUGUCGGGUCUGAGCACAGGACGUCAGUAAAGUAUCAUUACUUUACAUAUAACAACUAAACCACUAUAUCCAAUUUCACGAGAUGGGAAUCGUUUGUCGUCUACUGGGCUGGGAAAACUGUACCAUGUAGUCGUUGUCACACCCACGGAUCUUGAAGAAGCUCGGGACUACAAAGAUGCGGAGCAAUGAUCCGGAAUCACGCAUGUUCCGACAUGUAAGCGAGGACUGUGAGGACGGGAAUGAUAUGUCGCUUACGAGGAGGAGGACCAAGAGAGUCGAUAGGCAGGCAAAAAUGUUUUGCGUGCCGUACGUAGAGGUUGUUACAGAAUCAGUGGACUUUUACAUGUUGAGAGACUGAAUUUGGUCAUCUUGAAUGG